AGGACUACAUAAAAAAAUAAUGCCAAAAUUUUAGGCUUUAGCAUAUAAUUUAUUAGAAAUUCUACUUGUUUUUUUUUUUAAUAUCUGAACAAAGAAUUUCUACUUGUUUAUUACAAAAGAAAAUAACAAAAUCAGAGUUAAUUAUGCUAUUUUCCAGAAAAAGUUAAUUUAAUAAUAAGAAGAAUAAGAAUGCAGAGAAGUUCCCAUUCUCCCUUGUCUUUUUAAACAAACCAUGACCCAAGACAGAUACUACACACUCUCUCUCUCUCUCUCUCUCUCUCUCUCUCUCACACACACACAAGUCAGAGCUUUAAAAAGCAAUUUCAGCUGAAAAAGCUCUUCCUCCUAUUCCCUUGCCCAUACUCUUACAUAUACAUACAUACUCCUCUUUCUUUAACCAAACAAAACCACAUUCUCUCUCUCUCUCUCUCUCUCUCUAGGAAUCCACAUCUCCAUUUUCGGGUUCUCGGGUUCCGGGUCUGCCACCCAUUUCAACAACAGCCCUUUCUUUCCAUCCUCGAACAAACACACGUAUAUAUAAUAUACAAUAAAUUUUAUAUAACUAUAUAUAGACAAACCCCAGUUCUCAAAUUCUCUUGGGAACCCAAAAGAAACCAAUGCUUAAACUCUCUUCUUCUCACCUUUCCUCAACUUAAAAAUCCAAUUUUUAUUAUAUACAACUUUAUAAUAGCUCUAGUACUAGUGUACCACAACAACAACAACGACAACAGCGAAACUUUUCUUUCUAACCCUACGUUAUGGCGGGUAACCCGCCUGAGAAUCUCGGCGAUGAUUUCUUAGAACAGAUCUUGGCAGGACAGCAGUCAUACACUGGUGGCGGUGGCGAUAUGGGGUCCAUGCCCAUGGUUUUACAGUUGGGUUCCGGCGCCGGAAACGUCUCCGGUGGGUCUGGUCCCGGAGGUGGGUAUAGAGGAGUUGGAAUGGGGAUGGGUAUGCCUCUGGGUUUGAAUUUAGAGCAAGGUUUCUUAAGGCAUGACAGGUUUAGAGAUGAGGUUGAAGUUAAUAAUAAUAAUAACAACACUAAUAAUCUUUCUUCUCCAGUGAACGCUACUUCUGCCAUUAAUGAGCGAGAUUCGGUGCACAUGGCGAGUUUGUUUCCAGCCUUUGGGCAUUUGCAAAACCAGUCGGUCCGCGCAGCGCCACCGCCUCCGCCACCCCAACUUCACCAGUCAUAUCAUGUUCAACCCACUCCACAAGUUGCCCCUGCACCACAACCACCUACCAUGCGCCCAAGGGUUCGAGCAAGACGAGGGCAGGCUACAGAUCCCCAUAGUAUUGCCGAGCGGUUGCGCCGGGAAAGAAUUGCAGAAAGAAUGAAGGCUCUGCAGGAAUUGGUUCCAAGUUGUAACAAGACAGAUAGAGCAGCUAUGCUUGACGAAAUUGUAGAUUAUGUGAAGUUUCUAAGGCUACAAGUAAAGGUCUUAAGCAUGAGUAGACUCGGUGGGGCUGGUGCAGUGGCUCAGCUUGUAGCUGAUGUACCCUUAUCAUCAGUUGAGGGAGGAGGAGUUGAAGGUGGAGACAGUGAAGCAGCUUGGGAGAAGUGGUCGACUGAUGGCACAGAACAACAGGUAGCAAAACUGAUGGAAGAAGAUGUAGGAGCUGCCAUGCAGUUCCUUCAGUCCAAGGCACUCUGCAUCAUGCCCAUAUCUCUGGCUUCUGCUAUUUUCCGAACACACCAACCAGAUGGUCCAACUAUGGUUAAGCCUGAAUCAAACAGUCCCUCCUAAUGCCACCAACAGAAAGAUCCCAAACCCUGUGGUUGGUCUAUUAUCACUCAUGACAUUUGAGUAUUCUGUACUCUUAGUUCCCAACUCAUGCCGAGAGCGAGAGAGAGAGAGACUGUCAAGUCAAUGUAACUGUUCAUUCUCAUGUUAGUUUUUGUCAAACAAGGGACUAGAGUUUUCAUGGCUAGGAAGAAACAGAAACAGUAGUAAGGCAUGUGAUAUUUUUUUUUUGCCUUGGUCAAGUCUAUGGAAGGUUUUCUCUUUGUCAAAAGCUCAUUUGAUUAUCUUACUCUUCUUAGUAUGAGUGGUGGGGUUUUAGUGGUGAUGACCAAAAAUAUUGGUGGUGGGAGCUCUUCUUUUCAUUUUUUUUUUCUUUCUCUCUUUCUCUUUUUUUUUUUUUUAACUUGGAUAAUGGGGUGCCGGGGCCAUUAAAAGGAAAUAGAUGGAACUAUGAUGUAUUUGACGAAAACUUUAGUGCAAGUUGAAAAUAGAUAAUGGUUGGUUUUUAUCAUAAA